UUUGAAUCCCAUCCCAGUAAUUAAUAUUCUAUCUAGCCCGACGAGCUCGACUUAACACACCCAGUCAGCACCACCUGUCUCACUCAACGCUGCCGAACCCACCAUAAACCCCGUUUACGAACCCUUACACUUUUCCAAAAUGGUCGACAUCGUCCCGGUGUCGUCGUACCCAUCACACAUUUCUCUCCUCCCCUCGAUCCAACAAUGCAACCUGUCGAACCUUCCCGAGAACUAUUUUCUGAAAUACUAUCUCUACCAUGCCCUGACAUGGCCACAACUGUCGUUCGUGGCCGUCGUACGAGGCCCCAACAGCAAGCUCUCGUCAUACCCGAAGGUGGUCGGGUAUGUGCUAGCCAAGAUGGAGGAGGAGCCGACGGACGGGAUACAACACGGACAUAUCACGAGUCUCAGUGUGAUGAGGACACAUCGACGAUUGGGGAUCGCAGAGAAACUGAUGCGCAUGAGUCAAAGGGCCAUGGCCGAGGUCUUUAACGCCGACUACGUCAGUCUCCAUGUGCGCAUGUCCAAUGUUGCUGCAUUGCAUCUGUAUCGCGACACCCUAGGCUUCGAGGUCGAAAAGGUCGAGAGUAAAUACUACGCGGAUGGUGAGGAUGCAUAUGCCAUGAAAAUGGACUUGAAGUCCUUGCAGAUCAAGGCUCCUCCGGAGGAGGAUGAGGCUGAUGAAGGUGAUGCGGUGGGUUCUUUGGGAAACAAGAAAGGUGAAGAUGGAGAGGAUGUUGACGGUGCUGAUGGGAAGAAGGAGAAGAUGGUCAAGGUUAAGGUGGGAAGGAGUCUUGGAGUCGGUGAUUUGGUCGAGCGCAAUGAGGGUUCCACCGCCUCGGCGUACUGAGCUGUUCUCGAUCGAUUUUCUGAUCCAGGACGUUGACGAUAUUGGUUUCUGCUAUGGAGUGCACUGAAUACCAAGCAGAGAUACGAGACAUCGCCCGUCGACGGAAACCGCAUUUUAUCCGGGCUAUGGAUCCCGGAUUGUCGCGAGUCCACGGGCAGAUCUGUGGUUGCGACUUCAGGAUUGCAUGAGUGGUUUGCAAGCAGCAUCCCGCUCAUGGCAAUAAAGACGAUGACGAGGGGUUGAUAUACCUCUCGAAAAGCUGGACUACGGCUUGGUCAUCACACAUCGAUCUCCAUAGACUGACCGACCAGUUUUGACGCGAAUCAGGUUGACAUGAUCGAUAAGACAAUGCAUUGCUGAGGUGGUGGUUUGGGUUUAUUCAUUCCCAAACAUAGAGACAAAUUUGUCCAGCCAUCACACAUGAAGAAUAAAAGCAUUUACAGGCUAUGCCCAAGGUAUAAAAU